AUGGUAACAGUAGUGGGUGAGUCCAUCACAAAAGCAUACAAUGUUCCAGAGAGUGAGGAAGAUGACAGUGGAAAUGACAGCAAUGAAGAAAUUGACAGAGAAAUUAGAGGAUUAAAUGAUCAAAAUGAAGCCAGUCCCAAACCAGGCUCCAAGAAGAAGACAUCAGGUCCUAAGAAGAAGCCAGGACCCCAAGAGAAGACACCAGGUCCUAAGAAGAAGCCAAGCCCCAAGAAAAAAGUGCCCAAAGCAAUGAAGGCCCCAAAAGAAACUCAUCGUGCUAAAAAGAUGAGAGUCUUGAUGAAGCGUGAUAAAGAUUCCAAAGCUUCCGAAGCUUCCAAAGCUUCCAAGCUUCCGAAGCUUCCAAGCUUCCGAAGCUUCCAAAACUUCCAGCAUUUUCAACAUUACACUAAGAAGCCAGGUCCAAAGCCAGGUUCCAAGAAGAAGACACCAAGUACUAAGAAGAAGCCAGUCCCCCAGAAAAAGACACCAAGUCCUAAGAAGAAGCCAGCCCCCAAGAAAAAAAGUGCCCAAAAGCAAUGA